AUGGCGUUGGGCCGCUUAGUUUUCUUAGCCUUAGUCUCUUGCAUUUUAGCAGAAGACCCAAAGAUCUACUUUGUAGAGAAAUUUGAAGGUGAACUAUUGUUGAUUUUUUCGUACCUUGAUCUUCUCGCAGCAUGGACUGAUUUUUCUCUGUCUUUCACAGACGAAAGUUAUACAGAUAGAUGGGUCGAAUCAACUUUUAAAGGAAGUGAUGCUGGGAAAUUCAAGUGGACUGCUGGAAAAUUCUACAACGACGCCGAUCUAGACAAAGGUAAAAAUAUAUAUUUCUAUCUAAACUGUUACUUUCUGGAAUUUAUAAGCUUACUCCGAGAUCUACUUGCUCAGCUGUGAACUGUUCGAUUAAUUAUUUUUGUAAAUGCCAGCAGAAACAGCAAUUUUCUCACCAUGCAGACAGUAUAACAAGAAUAUUUUGAUUGUGAACAGGUAUUCAAACAAGCGAGGACGCUAAAUUUUACGGUAUUUCUGCCAAGUUCGAGGAGGGCUUUUCAAAUGAAGGGAAAACUCUCGUCAUUCAGUUUCAAGUUAAACACGAACAAAACAUAGAUUGUGGUGGAGGCUACGUCAAGGUGUGUUUUCUGAUAGAAACUGUUGUUAAUUCCUCUUUCAAAUAUUGUUUUCUUGUUACGUUGUACAUAUUGUUUAACAAAAUUAAUGAUAGUGUUAUUUUAUUUUCAAGUUAACAGAAUUUAAACUAUUGAGAUAUAAACAUGCGGGUUAGUUAGGGCCUUCUCAAGAACUUGUUUAUUGACUUGCUGAUUUUGGCUUUUUAUCUUACUUUUUCAGAUUUAUGACAGCAAAGUCGAUCAGAAACAAAUUCAUGGAGAUACACCCUACCAUAUCAUGUUUGGUAAGUUGGCUUUAUGUUGUUAUUGGAUCUUAUAUUGUCUUUAGUGCUUAUUGUUUCGUUGAAAGUAGCCAUUCACAUGCUAAUUAAUGUUGCUUGUUGUUGAUUCUCUUGUUAGGACCUGAUAUCUGCGGUCCAGGUACCAAAAAAGUCCAUGUGAUCUUCACCUAUAAAGGAAAGAACUUACUUACCAAGAAAGACAUCAGGUGCAAGGUGAAGAUUUAGAAAAAAUGUAAAAGGGGAACAUUUUAGGAGAGAGAGGAAGUCAUGAGAUGUUUAAACUCCUCUGACUUUUUAAUAAGCCCUUUUAGAGAAUUGAAGUUUUCACAGGCUCUUACUGGAGACAAAAGCAAGGGAGAUUUCAUAAUACCAAGUAUCAAGUUCUUAAUAAUUGCUCAUGACCACUCUGAUUAAUAAAGCAGUGAUAAAACAAGGAGAAUUUUAAUACUGAUCAUUCUUAGGACUUUAGGAGUUAACAGGUGUUCAGAAGUACAGUGGACCCUGGAUCUGACAAACCUAUUCUUUAUAAAAAAAAAAACCCUGUUAGGAUUUUGCAGCUUUACCUGAAUUUCGUGGCACCAUGCUUGCGCAAAAUAUCGGAAGCCCUGCUAAAGGUAAAGGGAAAAAGGACUUCCUGAGUGCUGCAGGUUAACCCAACAUUAGUUCCUUUGAUAUUAAGGUCAAGAAAAUAAAAAGCUUGACUGUGAUAUUAAGGAUGAAAUUAAGAUGCGUUUUUUACUAACACAAUCCUUUAUUUCAGGAUGAUGAAUUCACCCAUCUCUACACACUGAUUGUCAAACCCGAUAACACCUAUGAAGUGCGUAUCGAUGGCUCCAAAGUGGAGAGUGGUGAUCUUGAAGCUGACUGGGACUUCCUGCCACCCAAGAAGAUCAAGGACCCCGAGGCCAAGAAACCUGAAGAUUGGGACGACAAAAAGAAAAUUGAUGAUCCUGAAGACAAGAAGCCUGAGGUGUGAUUUUAAUGUGACCAUAUAGUACAACUACAGUAGUCUUUUUGGUGGGAAGCUAGGGAAUGGGUGUAAGGCAAAUAGGUUAAAUUUUGUUUCAUCCCAGGAAGUUCUCAAGGUGGCUUCAGUUCCAAGUUGCCCAGAGAUAAGGUUUUAGUUUAGUACGAUCCUUUCAUAUGACUUAGAGGUGUGAAUGAAAUUGGUCAUUGCCCUUUAAAGUAUGCCUAAUGAGCGACAAAAUUCAGUAAGUGUAGUCAAUCAUGAUGACCUGGCAGCACAAAUAUAUAAGGCUACUAUUUUGUAGCUAAAGAUUUCUAAAGUAUUGCAAGCCUCACAACUUCGAUAUCCCUGACUAAAAUGGUCACCUGGUCAGACCAACCUCCUUUGUAAAAUCUUAAAGAAAAAUUAUCUGCAGUUCUGAAACUGCAACAAGUUAUCCUUUUAGACUCGUAAUUUCUGUUGCUUGGAAAUGUGUAGGACUGGGAUAAACCUCAAAACAUCCCUGACCCUGACGCGAAGAAACCAGAUGACUGGGAUGAUGAAAUUGAUGGUGAAUGGGAACCACCAAUGAUCGACAACCCAGACUACAAGGUUGGUAGAAACUGUCUUCCACAAAGUGUCACAAAAUAAUCAGUAUUCCGUAUAUUUUGUUUACCAUCUUAAGAGUAUGUAUUGUGGGUAACAUACAUGAUAACUGUAGAAACUUUUGUCAGCAAAGUGUCACUGAAAAUAAUUAGUAUUCCUUUCAUUUUGUUUACCAUCUAAAGAGUUUCUAGUGGGUAAUAUACACGAUAACUGAAAUAAAGGAAUAUACUGCAAUGUGGAUACGUGUGCUGUCUUGGUUCAAAUUCCGUUUAAUUUUCACAACAGAAGUAAAAUUUAUGUUUUCUUUGCCAUGUUUGUCUGCCCUCUUACAGGUAACUGCCAACUUAGAUUGUUUACAUGUGAUUUUAAAAGAACUGUUACUUUAACAACAUUAAGUUCUUUAAAGAAUUUAGGGAAAAGGGAGGCUUGUACUCUUCUGUGCCAUGAAUACCAAUGGCUCCUGUAAGAAAAAGCCCCAGUGGUUUGUGUCACAUCAGAGUGUCUUUUUUAGUUGGAAUAAGUGUCACCAAAGAACAAGAAAAUCAUUUACAACACUUUAGACUGUUAUUGAUCAAGUGCCAUCUUCUCUUACAUAACAUUUCUUUGUUAUUAAUUUUAGGGAGAAUGGAAACCUAAGCAAAUUGACAAUCCCAACUACAAAGGAGAAUGGAUUCAUCCAGAAAUAGAUAACCCUGAGUAUGAAGCAGAUGAUGCACUCUAUAAAUAUGAUGAUAUUGGUGCCAUUGGUUUUGAUCUUUGGCAGGUAAGAACAAGAAAACCACAUUACACCUUCCCUUUUCUCAUAGAAAAUUCUGUUUUGUACAGUUUCAAGUCAUACAGCUUGGGAACUACAUAAGUGUUAAACCUAAUGCCAGUGAGCCAAAUCGUUUCUUCUUGCUCAAUAGCAUUAGGUUCAACACGUGUGAAGUUUGACAUUUGACCCUGGCUUAAGUGAUUUUGUGAUCCUAUGUACAAUUGUCCUUUUGUUUUGAAAAGUAAACAUGAGGCAGUUUGAAAGUGAAUCUUAAACUUAGGUUAGUACAAGUCACUAAUGAGGCUGUUUCUAUGUGCUUCUUCAAUAUUGUCAUAUGGCUACAAGGCUUUGAAAGUAAAGUGUGUGUGUGUGACGGGUGGCGGUAGCGGGGGGGGUGAUCUUCCCAUAAAUGCAAGAUGAACAGAAAUCUAAUGAGCCUCCCAUGCAGACAUUCUUAGAGCCUUGUCAUGCAUUCUUUAUUCGCAAGGAUGGAACAUCUGAUGAAGCCUUCAGAACACUGCAAGGGAGGCUAAAAUCCAACUCAAAUUUGAGAAAAGGAUCUUUCUGUAUGUACCAUCACAAACCAAUGACAGUUAGNUACAGUUUCAAGUCAUACAGCUUGGGAACUACAUAAGUGUUAAACCUAAUGCCAGUGAGCCAAAUCGUUUCUUCUUGCUCAAUAGCAUUAGGUUCAACACGUGUGAAGUUUGACAUUUGACCCUGGCUUAAGUGAUUUUGUGAUCCUAUGUACAAUUGUCCUUUUGUUUUGAAAAGUAAACAUGAGGCAGUUUGAAAGUGAAUCUUAAACUUAGGUUAGUACAAGUCACUAAUGAGGCUGUUUCUAUGUGCUUCUUCAAUAUUGUCAUAUGGCUACAAGGCUUUGAAAGUAAAGUGUGUGUGUGUGACGGGUGGCGGUAGCGGGGGGGGUGAUCUUCCCAUAAAUGCAAGAUGAACAGAAAUCUAAUGAGCCUCCCAUGCAGACAUUCUUAGAGCCUUGUCAUGCAUUCUUUAUUCGCAAGGAUGGAACAUCUGAUGAAGCCUUCAGAACACUGCAAGGGAGGCUAAAAUCCAACUCAAAUUUGAGAAAAGGAUCUUUCUGUAUGUACCAUCACAAACCAAUGACAGUUAGCCCUCUUGGGAGCAGUACUGUGUUGAUUCUCUUGUUUUGCAUAAUUUGUUGAAGUACAUACAGACAGAACAAUGUAUGUACAUCUCCCUCUCUCACGACAAAAUUGUGUGUAAUAAAAGUCUUAACUUGGCUUACAUUGAGCAGUAUCUGGCCUCUGUUUGAUAUAACUCCAAUUAUUCCAUCGUUUACUUACACUUGCUUUGUUUUUUGUUUUUAACAGGUUAAAUCAGGAACUAUUUUUGACAACAUUCUAGUAACAGAUUCAGUUGAGUAUGCUGAGAGUUUUGCUAAGGAAACUUUUGACAAAACCAAAGAAGGUGAAAAGAAAAUGAAGGAUGAGCAAGAUGAGAAAGAACGCAAAGAACGGGAGGAAGAAGAAAAGAAACAGAAGGAGGAAGAAUCGAAAAAGAAAGCUGAGGAGGAGGAUGAGGAAGAGGAGGAAGAAGAAGAGGUGAGAAUAACAAAAUUAGCGUUAUUAAAACUUUUAGCAAGAUCUCGGUGAAUGACAUGACCACUGUCAGGAAAGGUUUGCAUUUAACUCUUACACACCCAGAAGAGGUUUAAGUGAAACAUGUCAAAAUGGUCAAAUCUCAUUUUGCAAAAUGCUGGGAAACUAAUAGCACCAUGUGAAAAUACUGCUGAAGAGAAGUAAUUUGAAUGGUCGCAUCAUAGGAUUUCAUCCAGAGACUGGAAACUUAGAACCAGAUGGUUAAGAUGAAUUCCAAGUAGGAAUACAUGGAGUUCCAGACAAUGUUUUGGAUAAAAUAGUUUCCACCAAGAUAAACAUGUUUUCUUAGUGAUAACCAGUAAUUGUGUUGAACACCUUCAACAUUGCAUAUCAAUUUAAAGAGGGGGAUAGGUAGCCUGAAUUUCAGACAUAUCUUCUAGUCAUCUGAAAUUCCGACUAGGGGAUAGAAUGUGCCUGUAAAAUUAAUUAUGUGCGUAAACAUUAGAAUUUGGGCCAGGUUGUUAGACAGUGUGAUGUUUAGGCCUCAUUAUGGUUAUAGUAAACCUACUACCUAACAAGUCUAAAGUAAUAGUUAGCCUGUACUGAGGUAAUACAUUAUAUCAUUUUUACAAGGAGGAAGAGGGCAAGGAUACCGAAGAGAAAACAGAGGAGGAAGCUAAAGAAGAAGAAAAGCCAUCUGAAGAAACUGCCACCGAAGAAGAGGAAGAAGAUAAAACAACAGAAGAAGCAACACCCAAAGAUGAACUUUAAUCGAAUUGAUGCAGCUAGGCAUUUUUAAUGAAAACAAAAGACUUUCUCUAUAGAACACUUCACAUCAUUCAGCAUUUGACCUUGUUAAGGUGAUAUAAGGAUAUUAUUAUUGCUCAAAUGGCUGGAAUAAUGUGAAAGAUGUAGGCCUUUCUCAUAAGAUACAUUUUAAUCUGGCUUUUAGAAUAAACACUUUUGUGUUUAUUACAUUGCUAUUUAAUUAUCGUAACUCUCUCUAAUGCUCUAUUUUAUCUUAGAGAUAAGGUCCUUCCAUCCACAUUUUGUUUCUCAAUGUAGUCCUUCAAGCAAAAGACUUUGUUCACUAGUGCUAAUUUAAUUUUUCUCUUUAGUAAAAAAAAAAAAAGAAUAAUAAACCACUCUUUUUGUAACUCUUGUAGUUCCUAUCCGUUGACAUCAUUUUUUAAUAGUGGUGGUCAGUGGUUUAAUGUCGCCACCCAUGGUGUUGUGGUUUAAUCAAAGUUAUUAUUAUAGAUAACCAUACCUAGAAACGAGGGAAAAUAAAAAUAGCAACCAAGGAUUGAAUUGGAGUUCAUAAACUUAUUUUUAUUGAUUCCAAGAAGGCUGUAUAAUAAUCCAUAUACAGAAGAGAGGCCCUUUUUGGGUAAAACGACAUGGCCUUGUAACAGUGACAUGCGACUAGAUGAGGUGGUGACAAAUGAUGUAAAGAUGGGUUGAAUACCAACAGAGACAUGGCCUACUC